AUGCUGCAGCUUCCACGCCUGAUGCAGUGCGCCAUGGUCGCCGCCUCCGCCUCCUCCGUCUUCGCCUCCGCGCGGGCGUUGGGCAGCGGGCGUUUGGCGAGAAGAAAGGCGUUUGCCUCCGUGACCGCCGGCGAGAGCGGCGUGGACGGCAACGGCGGCAACGACGACGUGGAGGACGUCGGCGACACUCGUAGCGACCCGUUCGGCGGCGCGGGGCCAAACUCCCGCGUGCAGUUCGACUUCGCCGGCUACGAGGCGGACCUCGGCGAUGCUGCGGUGCUGCCGCUGCCGCUGCCGCUGCCGCAGCCGCUGCCGCCCUCCCACAACAACAGCCACCACCAACACCGGCAGCAGAGGCCGCAGCGGCGCGGUGCCGCCCCGCGCCCGUCGUCGCCGCCGUCCUCCUCCUCGCUGCGGCGGCCGCCAGCAGAGGCGCAGCGCCCCGCCGACGCGGGCCGCCUCGUGGACGCCGCACAACGGCGACGGCAGGAGCGGGCGGACGACGACGCGGCGGAUGCCGGGGAAGAGGAAGAAACCGCGAGCGACUACGCCGCCGCCGCCGCCGCCGCGGCCCCCAACGGCCACGCGCUGCAGCGGCGCCCCGGGAACGACGGCGCCGCGGCCGGCGGCUGGAGGGAUAACAGCGGCGAUAACGCCAACCCCCCCGUCCCCGCGGGACUGACGAAUCCGUUUCUUGGGCUCCACGACCACAUCACGCGUAGCUACCGCCUCGACCAGCUGUUGGCCGUUGCCCGCCCCGAGGACGUCCUAAUAGGGAGGCAGGAAACGAAGUCGGGGGCCUUUUCGUUUAUCCGCUUUGAGACCGGCCCACAGUUCUUGGCACAUAACGCGAAGAGCUCCUCCACGCCGCAGAGCGACGCGGUGGCCCACGACGAUUGCGCCCUCGUCGUGGCGGAGCGGCUGCUUGCCUUUCCCCCACACAUGCGACACUUCCACAGCGUGUGCGGUCGCGAGAAUGUUCCCUGCGACUUCUUUGCCGACGUUGACCUGCCGAAUGAGACCCCCGCGUCGGGGGAGAAGCUGCUGAUGGAGAUGCUGAACUACCUCGAGGUGCGGCUGCAGGGCAUCGGCUUCCACCAGCCCUCGUUUCUCGUCCUCACGAACGAGGUGCCGAGCGCGGAGAAGGUCUCCUACCACGUGCACGCCCGCUCGAUGGGCGCCCCAGACGAGGCGGCGGCGGCGGCAGCGGACGACGACGACGGCGACGACGCCGCCGCAGGCAACGCGGAGGCUGCGGGGAGCGGGUUGUCCCAGCGGAAGCGGGGCAGGCGGGAGGCGGCGGCGGUGGCCAAGAAGAAGCCGAAGCCAAAAAAGAUUAUUGCCUUUCAGGACUACCGGGUUGUGAAGCUCCUCGCGGAAGAGGUGAACACGACGUUAGGGCGCACCGUGGUGGACGAUCAGUGCUACCGCACGAACGGCAUGCUGCGCUGCGCCUUCAGCAGCAAGAUUGUCCCCUCCCCCAGCGGCGGCGUGGUGCGUCCCAAAGGCAAGCGACUCAUCCCCAUGCUCAAGGCCCAGGACACGGCGCUGCAGCGGCGGCUCAAUGACAUGGCCGCCUACCUGCACACGCUUAGCGACGCCGAAAUACUCGAGCGCACCUUCGGCACCCGCUCUGCCCCGGUCACGGAGAGUCACAGGGCCGACACCGUGAAGGACGCCUCCCGGCGCUUCAAGCUGCUGCGGGCGAGGCAUGUGCUCGGCCCGAGGGAGUCGCAGGCGGUGGAGUUCGACGCCUACGGCAACGCAGUCUCGGUGUACCUCACGGAGGGAGCCAAAUGGCGCCGCUUCAAGGCCGUGAUUGACAAGCUGCGAAGGAUGCCGCCCCGCUCGGCGGAGAGUUACGACGUUUGGGUGCGUGUGGGCCUCGCGCUGCACAACUUCAGCAACGAAGACCACGUCUUUGAGGAGUGGGUGCGCUUCUCCCUCAAGUGCCCGCAGAAGUACUCGCGUGAGUCGUGCCGGAAGAAGUGGCAGCAGUUUGAGCGAAACCCUGACGCGCUGAACUGGCGGCGGGGGUUCAACUACCUGAACACCACCGUGUGGCGGUCUGUGCAGCGGGAGUGA